AUGUCCUGGUUUUUCUCCUCAGUACCCGCCGACGCACAGAACUUCUUCCCCGUCUCAUCCGCCUACCCCGAGUCUGAGCUCUUCUCCGAGCUCACACCCCAAGACACCGAGUGGACUUGCGCAGGUGGCUUUGUGACCGAGACGCAGGUGUUCUAUCAGUUCCUUGAGGAUGGCACCUUGAUCAUAUUCCAGGUCAUCCACUCUUCCGUUGGUGUCUGGCCCACGAUCCAGUUCACGGCCAAGAUCUACAACCCGAACACCAAGGAGAGGGUCUGGCGUUCUUCAACCGUCAGGACGUUCACUACUCCUCCCCCCGGUCUCGACAAGCGCUCCUGCAAGGGCGAGACCGCAGACAAGAGCGAGCACUUCUCCAUCACCUUCCGCCCCGCAUAUGGUGACAAGCCUGACACAUACACCAUUAAUGCCAGUUUCGGCUCGGAGGUCCAGCUCUCUCUCGACAUCGUCCGCCCCGCUGGCGUUCCCGCCUUCAAGAUCGGCAGUGACAAGCCUGGUGACCCUCUCGCCCGCGGCGGCUUCUCAUACUUUGGCCAUGACAAGAAAGAGGGUUACGUCGUGCACCGCUUCUGGCCGCGUACGUACUCCACGGGUCAUGUCAUCCGCAACGGCGUCGCCACCGAGGUCAAGGGCCAGGGCAUCUUCAACCACGCCAUCCAGGGCAUGCGGCCCAACCUCGUCGCCUCCCGCUGGAACUUUGCCAACUUCCAGUCGAACGAGCACGGUGGCAUCAGUGCGGUCCAGAUGGAGUUCACCACCUGCUCGACGCACGGCUUCAAGGGCGCCAACUCGGGCGCUGUCAAAGUCAACAUCGGCUCCAUCGUGCUGGGCGACAAGCUCGCGCUUGUGACGGCUGAGACCCAGGUGGAGGGACAGGAGCCCGCCAAGGGCAACGUGAUCUCCCGUGUGCAUCAUCUGUCGCCUGCGCAUGACGUGGACACGGGAUACGGCAUGCCUUCGGCGCUCAAGUACGAGUGGGCGGGAUCGUCGAUACUCGCCGACGCCUCCGGUCAGGUGGAGGCCACCCUAGAAGUUCAGACCGGCGCUCCGGCAGAUCCGUCAGGGUUGGUCGAGAAGCUCGAUGUCCUCGCCGAGUUCCCAUCUGGCGUCAAGAUGCUGGUUAACUACGUUGCCGGCACGAAGCCCUACAUUUACCAGUGGCAGAACAACACCAAGCUCAUCGUCAAGGGGCCGGACUCCAUCAUCCCCGGCCUUUCACAAGGCAUCGAGGCCAACGGCAUCCUCUUCAACGAGGCUACCUUCAUUUCUUAA